CUCUUGAAGAUUUUUGUGAAGUUCUUUAAAGGAGAGAUGGCACAAACUGGACUUAUGAUUUUUCUACUCAUAAGCAUAUUACUGCUGGAUCAGACCAUCAGCCAGGCUUCCAAAGUCAAAGCUAGGAAGCACAGCAAACGUAGAGUGAAAGAAAAAGAUGACCUCAAGACCCAGAUUGACAAGUUGUGGCGAGAAGUAAAUGCUCUCAAAGAAAUGCAAGCACUUCAAUCAGUCUGUCUUCGAGGGACAAAGGCCCAUAAGAAGUGCUACCUCAUAUCAGAAGGCACCAAGCAUUUUCAUGAAGCCAAUGAAGACUGCAUAGCCAAGGGAGGGACACUGGCUAUCCCAAGGAAUAGCGAUGAAACAAAUACUCUCCGCGACUAUGGCAAGAACAGUAUGCCUGGAGGGUCUGAGUUCUGGCUAGGUGUCAAUGACAUGGUAAAUGAAGGGAAGUUUGUUGAUGUUAAUGGCAUGGCUCUACAGUACUUCAAUUGGGAUCAUGCCCAGCCAAACGGGGGGAAGCGUGAAAAUUGUGUCUUCUCUUCAACACAAGGCAAGUGGGUGGAUGAGGUCUGCCGUACUGCCAAAAGAUAUAUUUGUGAAUUUCUGAUCCCGUAAUUCCAUACACAAGUGAUCAUGACCAUAUUUUGGGUUAUUAACAUGCCAUCUUUUCUUGUUAGCAGCCCCUCCCACUUAGACAGUGGUGAGUUAAAAAUAUCCAUCUGUUGCAUUAUACUCGCUCUUUCCUGAAACAGAAUUUUUCUUCAUUAAUUUAUUUUCUACUCAGAUGCUUAAAAUGUUAUGUGUAGUGAGUGCUCUCAUCAUGUACAGGAAUACAUGCUAUAUUUUGACCUAUACUGCAUCGUAUUUUGCCAUAUUCUUUCAGCCUGAUGUUCAGGUUACUGGGGUUCACCUUCAUUUCUGCACAUCUUCAUGGUAGAAAGGUUUUUGCUUGAUCUCACAUCUCUAGUGAAUUUAUUGAAAGUAUACAAGAAGAUUGCUGCAUGGAGACAUGUUCUAACAGAAGAUGUAGGGCUCUUCUCUGUUCCAGUGCUUAAGGAAGACACUGAGGUUUAUCCUGGGAAAACGGCCAUCCUCCUUACAGAGUGUAACAGGAUGGAUUUGUGACCAAGACUUUUACCUAUGAGAUAGGAAAGAUAAAAAGGAAAAUCUGAUGAUAAUUUUUAAAGCACACAGAGUUAAAUAAGAUACACUGCUACAAAAUGGGGGAAGUAGCUAUUAUAAAUAUCAGGUCUAAGCAUGGUUGUUUCUAAAUGUCUCAAUUAUGGUUAAAUAUUAGAUAUCACUUGAAGCAUUCCUGUAGAAGAAUCCAACCUGGGACUUGAUCAUGGUGCUAGCAUGUAAUCCCUUAGAAAGAUGUGCAAAUGCCUCUCCUGCUGGAUCAGAAUGAGGCUUUAUUAUUCAGGCAUGAAUGGAGAGGAAGGGUUCCCUCUCAGGCACAACAUACCCCCUCAAUCUCCUCUCUCCAUGUUGUGGGUAGCAUGCCUUGCUGGCACAGAUGAGUGGGGCCAAACUAUCACUCACUGAGCCAUGUGCAGAUUUUUCCAUUUGAUACCCAACAUUUGAGCUAGCUAUUUUUUGCUAUUCUUAACAUCACAACACAUAUUUGCCUUCAUGUUAUAAACUGCAGU